GUCUGGUACAUUAGCUGUAUCAAUUGCAUUGUCUUUCGCGGUUGCCUCGAGGGUAAACGUAAUCUGCUUAUUUGUACCGUAACUUUUAUUUGUGAACCUUUUCUUUUUUGUUUUAUUCACGAUGAUUCUCCGAACCUCCGUCAUAUAGUAAACGUAGGAAUAUUCUCGUUCGAUUCACUUUACUUGACUAGUAGAAAACGUCUAGAAAAACCAAUAACUACAGCAAACUAUCUUUGGAUGUAGAUCAUCCUCCCCGCCAACAUUAUAAGAUACCCUACCCUAAGACUUAAGUACCUCCUCCUCCUCUCCAAUACGUUAGGUACUCGACCACGCUAUACUUCCGUUUGUCGACACUCAAACCAAACAUACAAAAUAUGUCUUCCAAGAAGUCAUCGUCCCACAGGACAUCAAGGCAAUCCCAUCGUUCAACUCUGUCGUUAUCGAGGACAGAAAUCGUGAUCAAUGUAUAUGAUCUAUUACCUCCUAGCCGUCUCUCUUCAGUCCUCUGGACAGUUGGCGCCUCUCUACUACAUUCGGGCGUCGUGAUAAAUGGGAAGGAGUAUGCUUACGGUGGUCACGACCAACCCGGCUUAACCGGUGUUUACUGGACACAGCCCAAGACCGAACCGCCUGGGGGUACUUUUAGGACCGAAAUCCUGCACGGGUUCUCUUUCGCAACUCAAGCCGAAAUCGACGCCAUCAUUCGCCAUGCUUCCGACGAGUUCCUAGGCACCUCUUAUAAUCUACUCACGAGAAAUUGCAAUCACUUCACCAGUUACCUCUGCAAGAAGCUCACUGGUCGGCCUGGGCCUGGAUGGCUUAACCGCGCGGCAAGUAUCGGUGUCGCUUUUCCCUGCGUAGUGCCCCGAGACUGGAUCGAACCGCCUGAUUUCGAGACGGCAGAUGGUGAGCUGUUGGAUGAAGAGGGCCUUGACGACCACGAAAGAACAAGAAUGCUUCGGGAAGAGAGUGCAAGAAGACUAGCAACGCAAGAGAGCGAUGACGAUGGAGGAUAUUCGAGCCGGGCUAGCGAAGAAUUGAGUCGUCAUAGCAAGAGCGGCAAAGGAAAAGGUCGAGCAAAGGAUUCGAGCGGACGAAUAUUACCACCUGCCGAGCGAGCUCCGUCAUCUGGUAGACCGAGCAUCUCUUGAAUAGGGGAGGUGACAGAGGUGACAGAGGUGACAAAACACUGGAUUACACUGGUCUGCAUUCCGAGGCGUUAGGUUGGGGUGCCACGGCAAUUUGGUAGGGCGGCGUUACAUGAAUUUUGAUUGAUACCAAAGGCACACUCCGUCGUUUACAUAGGGCGCAUUUCGCGCUCUUUUAAACCAUUCAUAUACUCAAUGAAAUUUGCUGGAUGAUAUUGUACACAAAU